CAAGGCCAAGGAGCAGUAGGAGGAUAUCAGCAACAAUGGCACACCUUGGAAUGUUAAAAAUGAUGGAAAUCAACCCGAUUUCUAGAUUUUUUGAAGAACUAUCGAGUACUAUUGGAUUUCCUAUCGUAGAUUUGAGAUUCUACGUUUCAAUUCUUAUCUGCUACCCUCUUGGCCUGUUUUCUCGACGUUAUGUCCUCCACUCAGCUCCAAGCACUCAACAUCUUUUCUACGCAGCAGCUGGUCUAUCUCUUGCCUACUUCAACUUCGGACUGGAUUGUCUGCACUACAUUGUGACCAUAGUAGCAAACUUUCUACUUCUUCAGCUGCUAGGGGGAACAAGAACGUCAGUGGUAGCUUCCUUUACAUACAACAUGGGAUACCUACUAGUCGCAUACUUCUUAAAGAAAGAUGAAUUCCACAUGCUUGCUUGGGACACUCCUCAGUGCAUUAUGUGUCUCAAGAUGAUUGGUAUGACAUUAGAUGUCUAUGAUGGCCAUAAACCUGACAAGCAAACUCUAAAUAAGGACCAGAAGGAGAACUAUCUUCCAAGACUUCCGAGUCUCCUGGAGGUCGCAGGAUUUGCUUUUUUCUUUGCUGCCUUCAUGGGUGGUCCACAGUUCUCAAUGCGGCAGUACUUGUACCUGGCGAAUCAACAGUUGUUACCAAAGGGGGAGAUGGAGAAUCCCUCUAACCUCCGACCUGCUUUCAAGAGGUUCAUGCAGGGUCUGAUUUAUCUUGGUUUGACUGUCUUCUGUCUUCCCAUCUACAGUCAAACAUACCUCAAGAGUGACACAUUCAUGCACUCCUCCUUCCUCAGCCAAGUGCUAGCUAUCCUCCUCUGGGGUAUCUUUGAUAGAAGCAAGUACAUCACAUCAUGGGUCAUGGCUGAAGGAAGCUGUAUACUGACUGGCUUGGGUUAUAAUGGGAUCGACAAGGAUGGUGAGAGUCGAUGGGAUCAUUGUCAAAAUGUCAAUGUUUUGAACUAUGAGACUUCAACAACAUUCAGAGAGCUGAUAGCAUCUUAUAAUGUCAAGACCAAUCACUGGGCUCGAAGGCAUAUUUACCAGCGACUGAGGUUUCUUGGGUCUAGGCCUGUGUCUCAAGCUGCAACGCUCCUCUUUCUAGCAAUGUGGCAUGGGCCUUACACUGGAUACUUGCAUGCUUUCAUCUUUGAGUUCUUUGAGCUUCUCAGUGAGGAAACUCUAAUGGAGUUUUGGAGGAUGCUUGGAUUCAAGCCGCUAACCUCUUAUCGCGUUGGGUACAUGCUCGUGUUUCCCUUGCUAAGAGUUCUCAUGCUUCUAGGGUUUGCUUAUCCAUUCAUUGGUUUCCAGCUACUCCUCUUUGCAGACUAUAACCCAAUCUAUGCAGCUGUGCAUUACUUUGGUCACAUCAUCUUUGUCAUCCUACCGCUCAUCUACCUUCUACUAGUCAAACCUGUUUAUCUGCUUAUCAUGUCAAAAAAAUCUCAGACUGCUAAGAGUGAGUGAAGGAUACUGAAAGACAUGAGAGAGAGUCAUUCCAGCUCCUGAAAUGGAUCUA